AUGCGCUUCACAACCACCUCCACCGUCCUCCUCGCCGGUACCGUCGUGGCCGCCCCGGCGGCCCGCGACAGCGACAUCAACGCCGCCAUCCCGCCCGUCGUGCCCGUCAACACGCGCGGCGGCGACGCCUCCCUCCUCAGCAAGCUCGUCACCGCGCCGACCGCCCUCGACCGCGCCAAGCUGCUCGACCAGCCCGGCGACUUUGUCUUUGACUUCAACCCCUCCGCCGCCACCGACCCCAGCCGCUCCUCCGAGGCCAAGGGCAAGGGCGGCGUCUCCGUCGCCGCCACCGCCAAGACGUUCCCCGCGCUCGUCGGCAACGGCGCCUCCAUGACGGUCGCCUUCCUCGGCGCCUGCGGCAUGAACACGGCGCACGUGCACCCGCGCGCCACCGAGCUCAACGUCGUCGUCCAGGGCCGCCUGGUCACCAACUUUGUGCUGGAGAACGGCGCGGCGCCGGUGGCCAACACGAUGAGCACCUUCCAGAUGGCGGUGUUCCCGCAGGGCGCGAUCCAUCAGGAGUUCAACCCGGACUGCGAGGAGGCGGUGUUCGUGGCGGCGUUCCCGGACGCGGACCCGGGGGUGAGCCAGGUGGCGCAGAACUUUUUCGGGUUGCGGCCGGACGUGGUUGGCGCGACGCUGGGGGGCGUGCAGACGCUGGACGGCAAGGACAUUGAGACGUUUAGGCAUGCGAUCCCGGAUAACAUUGCGCUGGGAAUCGAUGCAUGCUUAAAUAAGAUCGACCCCGCGAUCCGGCUCCGACGCGCCAUCCACGCCUCCGACGCGCUGCUCGUCCGGCGCAUCCUCCGCUCGCACCCGCACCUGCUGCACAACCCCGACACCUCCUCGACCGGCCUGUCCAACUCGAACCUGCACCUAGCCGCCUCCCUGGGCGACCGGGCCACCUGCGAGGCUCUCGUCGCCGCCGGCCACGAGCGGCCGCCUGCAGCUGCUGCUGACGUACGCGCCGGGCGGGCCGGCGGAGGCGGUGCGCGCGGCGGACGACGAGGGCAACACGGCGCUGCACUUUGCGGCGUCGACGGGGAGCCUGCUGUGCCUGCGGACGUUGUUGGCGGCGGGGGCGGACGCGGAGAGGAGGAACGUCUGGGACUGGACGGCCGCGGCGUACAGCGCGACGGUGCAGGCCGAGGUCUACCUCAAGGGGCUGAUAUCGGAGGCGGGGAGGCGCCGGGACGCGGGUGCGGAGAAGAAGCAGAAGCAGAAGCAGCAGCAGCAGCAGCACGUGUCACCGCGCAAGAUGAUGGGACUGGCCAUGGUGAGGGUGGUGCCGGACAACAGCGACGAUGA